AUGUCAUUGGCCACACCAAGUACCACAAAACUGGUGAACAAAGCAUUCUAUGAACGAACGUCGAAAUAUAACGAAAGUGGACGAUUGACAAGUGCUGAUGAUCUGUGGAAAUCCAUUUUCUUGGAUAGAGCAACGCAAAAAAUUAAACCACGUAUUUACAGUUAUGUAAUUGAUGACAAUGCAUGGCAAUUUGGCGAAACCGGUCAUCGAUUUUUCAGUAGUUCUUCCAGUAAACAUGCUGUAUUGGGCAAUUGUUCCGAGUUUAUUUGUUAUGCGGGUGAAUUUCAUCUUCGUCCUAAAUUUGGCUGGAAUCGAUUGGAUGAUGAAUGGGAGCUAGUAUUCGAUAAUGCAUCAGGUACAUAUGCCCCAAAUGCUGAUUUGUUGUCAAACUUAGAAUUCCACUUUAAUCCAGACGAAGUUAGAAUUCCGAUUUCGGCUGGACGAAUUCGGAAUCGGGCUGAAUUUCAACUUCGACCACAACAUACAUAUUAG